AUGUCUGCUCUCGUUGAUGACAACAGGUCAAACGACAUGUGUCCGAUCUGCAAGACGGAUCGGUACUUGUCGCCCAACAUGACUUUUCUAAUAAACCCUGAAUGCUACCAUAAAAUCUGUGAAUCAUGCGUUGACCGUAUAUUCUCCCUUGGACCGGCCCAGUGCCCGUACCCGAAAUGCAACAAGAUGCUAAGAAAGAAUAGAUUCAAGAAGCAGGUCUUUGACGAUAUUAAGAUCGAGAGAGAAGUGGACAUGCGGAAACGGAUCCACUCAAUCUAUAACAAGUCAGAGGAGGACUUCCCAGACUUAAAAGAAUACAAUGCAUAUCUUGAGUACAUCGAGAAUCUCAUAUUCAACCUAUCUAAUGGUAUUGACGUGGAGAAGACUGAGGAGGAGGUCAACAAAUAUGAAGCUGACCAUAAGAUCGAAAUUCUUGAAAGAGCAAUGAGGGAGAGUGAAAAAGAUGCCGAUAUCACGAAAUACCAGGAGGCUACCGAACGUCUCAAGCAAGAGAAGCUCAAGAUCCAGAGACAGAUGGAGUUGGAAGAUAUGGAGUUCCAGCAGAAUCAAAAACAAGAACUUAUGGAGAGGUUAUCUUCGUCCGAUGCUAAUGCCGAGGAGAUUAUGAAGGAGCAAAGAAGCCAGCAAGCCAAGAGAACGAACCAAAGGAAGAGACAACUACAGCAAAUUUCAAACCAGUUGGAGCAACAGUUUGCUUCAGCCAACGGCUCAUCCAAAAAUGGCAAGGAUACGGCAGGCAACAAGACGCCAUUUACACCUUUCCAGGGCGACAGAGACCUUCAAAAGCAUUAUUCUUUCUUGGGCGCUUCCGCAGAAGCAUCGAAGGACUCGCAUGACGCUUACUAUGAUCCAUUCGUCAAUAAGCUUUCAAAGAACAAAGAGUAUUUGGGUGGAGGCUGGCGUCCAGAACAGGUGUUGGAGAGAGCGUUGGACGAGGCGUUCAUGGGAUUGCAUUGUUAUGUGGAAAAGGAAAAGCAGCACGAAGUGUCUACAGCUUAA